AAGUAGUACUAAUACUUUACCAAUAUAAUUAGCAGGAGUUUAUAAACAAAGAAUUGGUGAGGAAGAGUGCGUCAACUUCAUCGUACACUGACAGCUGCCACACUCUUGUCAAAUAGUAUGCAAAUGCAGCUAUCUCUGCAUUCCUCUUUGUGCACUCUCCCUAUGCGACUCUCCCUAUGUUCUCUCUCUCUUGUGUGGGUGGCACAUGACAAUAUAAAAUAUAAAAAGUAAAGUACGUACAUAUUGAUUAUAUAGGACACACACCUCUUCAUCUUCUUCUGUUACCCCGCACCACUCUACCUCUCCAUCUUCUUCUGUUACACCGCACCACUCUACAGACAUACACACCAGACACCAUGAACAUACACCUAAUGAAGAGGUCCUCAGCCCUAAAGAAACAUUUUUCCACCCAAGCCAGUUUACACCCUCCCCGUCACAGUGCAUUGCACAAAAUUCCACCCCUCCUCACCACUCCACUUACACCUCCAGAUAUGAUCACUUCCCUUCCCUUCGUCUCUUAUCUCGAUCAUCUUGACGCCCAAGUACCUGAGAAGCCUGUUCUUGAUCUCAGGCUGGCUACUUGUGCUGUUCAAAGCUUGCAGCCUAGUCAUACUACAAUUCCUAACCUCCGUAUUAAUAGCCUCAGGCCGUCCAAGAUUGAAGUGCUCAACAAUGUUUCGUAUGUUACUCAUCUUAACAACACGCUACCUUCAUCCACCCACCUUGCAAGAUUAGAAAACGAAGCUAAUCAGAUCGCAUUACGUCAAAUGAACUUCCAUAAUAUAAAUCAAAGAUCUUUAUCCACCUUUUGGUAUGAAGACAAGUGCUUCAAAAAGGACAAAGGCCACAUCUCUCGUGAGAUGGUGAAACACUCCCAAUACUCAAAGAAUGUGGAAGUUCAUCAGUACGUUCCGUUAUUAAAUUCUCUUGGUUCUACUCUAUUCAGUGAGGGUCCUGAUGACAUCCGCCGAUAUCUCAAAGAUCUUGGCUUCAUCACUGGACGUUUCUAUGAUGCACAGGAUUUUGCAAAUAAGCUUAAGUGUUUUUUCCACAACCAUGACGUUUAUCUUACAUUCAAAGAGCACCCUUUGGAUAGGUACAUUUAUUUGGAUCACAUUGCUAUUCUGCUCACCACUUAUGGUAAGCUGAUCGACCAUCCCAUGGCCCCUCUCAUUCCCUCCGGGAAAUUUAUGCUCCGACACAUUUAGCUCAUAAUUUGUGUUGUAUUCUAUUAUGUUUCUGCUAUUUUAAUAUUUUGGAAGCCUUAUUGUUAAACUUGGUACCUUAUUUGCUAAUGUUAAA